ACUUGCCCAGCGUCACAGAGCAGGCAUCAGAACCCAGGUCCCCUAACUUACAGGCCACUGUUCGUUCCUCUAAGUCGUGCUACUUCUCCAUUGUCUUAAAAAGCCAGUGGUUAAUGUGGAAAGGAAUGGGAAGCUUCACAAAUUAAAGAUGUUAAAAAAGGAUAGCGUGCAUGGCUGACAAACCAAAGUUUUGCAAUUUAGUGUUAAAGUCAAAGAAAGAGGAUGUAUGAAUGACUUUUUCCCUCCCCUUAAGAGUAGUAGAUUAAGCAAGGUACUAUCAUAAAUUUGGCCUCUUAACUUUUAGAGGGCUAUUAUUUGCUCAGGUCUAAAGACCCAAAAGUAAAACUGUUGUUCCUCCGCAGCCGUUAAGCAUUAGAACUUUGUAGAGAAAAGGCAGGCUGGAGUAAGGGUGCUGCACCCUAGUCAUUUGGGCCUUGUGUGGUGCCACCAUGCAUCCGUGUGGUCCAGUGAGAUAAUAAAUACAACCAGCCCAGGAGAUUCCAAGCUUUGGCUUUCAGACCAAGCUGCAGGAGGGUUGGGCCCAGCUUUUGCCCAUUGCAAGACUCAUUAGGACAUGCUAAAAUGUAGUUUCUGUACGUGGAAUGGGAGUGGGGUCCAAAGGUAAUGUGAACAGCACGUGGAGGGUGAGGAAUAGAGAGAGAAAAGGGCAAAGUGGUUUGGGGAACACAGCCUUUUGGUCCAGAUACAUAUAUAUCCAGCUCCUAACAGAACGGCCAAACUCUGAUCUUGAACUUGGCUUGGUUAGUGGCACAUUGAAAAAAGGACCCCCAAGGAAGUACUAAUGUGCAGAAAUACUUUCUCACCAAUUCUUGUUCAUCAGUGUAGGCGAUAUGAGGAAUCGGAAGGGGCUUGAAUAAAACAUAUUCCGUAAAGAGCACACCAUUGAAUCUGUAAAGCAGAUAGAGCGAUCCAGUCAAAUUCUCAUUUCAUGGUUGUUCCUGAGAAGCCAUUCACUUUGUAUUGAGAAACUUAUUGGGAAAUGAAAGGCAUUUCCUCCCAAGCCAACAAACAAUCCCCCUCCUCAGUCAACCUCAAGCAAGCAGAAUCUGUUAUGAACAAACGUUUGUCUACAUCUUCAGCAACUCUUCUGAACUCCCCUGACAAGAGUUCCCAAAAGAGAAGUGCUUCUUUAAACAGAUUGAAUAACAAAGUUCCCCAGCAGUCUGAGCUGCCACCUCCCAAAGUUUCUCAGGUGGAACAGAAAGCUCGUCGCUCUCAGAUCAACCCUCUGGAGAGUAGUGUAAUCAGUCGCCUCCUCGCUCCCACACAGGCCUCUUUAGCUAGAAGUAAAAGUGCUGCUGCAUUAUCGUCUGAUGGAAAAGAUCCCCCAGAAUUUCACCUCUGUCCUCGUUCAGCUGCAGCCGGUACCUUCCAGCAUCCGCUGCAAACUCAGAAGAUGCCGUUGCGCAGCCGCAGCAUCGACAGGCUGAAGAGCACCGCCUCUCCAGUGGAGCCCAGCGCUGCGGAUUCCAUUCAGAAAUCAGAAAUGGACAAGCAGUCACCAGCUCCUACUGCGAAGCGUCCACCUUCACCAUCCCUAUCAGCUCGUAGGCGGUCGCCUUCCCCAGCUAAUGUUGCUAAGCGCCCUCCAUCACCUUCCACUGUUAAGCAUAUUCAAAGGAAUCGUCCACCUUCACCUAGUGUUUUGAAACAAAGACCACCGUCUCCCUCCAGUGUUUAUAAGCCAGUACCUGUCCAGCGUCCCCCACUCACACCCAGUAUUACCAAAAAAAAAUCGGAGGCAGAUUCAAAGCCAAAGGAUAAAGGUGAAGAAGUCCCAAGCCAAGAGCCUGGGGCAUCACCAACCUCAGAGAAAGAAAGUGCAGCAGUUAUUGCAAAGACCAAAGACGAGUCUAAUAGCAAAACUGUACCUGGGACCACAAGUGCUGAGGAAGCUGCCAAAAUUCUGGCAGAGAAACGCCGCCUUGCUCGUGAACAAAGGGAACGAGACGAGCAGGAAAGAAUUCAGAAAAAAGAGGAGGAAAGGAAAAUACAAGAAGAAAUGGCGAAGAAGGCAAUUGAAGAUAAAGCCCGACAGGAAGAAGAGCUCUCUAGGCUUGAGGAAGAAAGACGUCUAGAAGAUGAAGAACAACAAAGGAAGUCUGAAGAGGAAAGAAUUCGUGAGGAACAGGAGCGUCUUGCCGAGCUUCAGCAACAGAGAGAAGAAGCUGAAGCCAAAGCUCAAGAAGAGGCUGAAAGGCAGAGACAAGAGCGAGAGAGAAUUAUGCAGCAAAAUAUGCAGGAAAGACUUGAGAGAAAGAAGAGAAUUGAAGAGAUAAUGAAGAGAACGAGAAAGGCAGAACAGAAUGCAGCCAAGAGUGAAGAAAAAUCUAGUAAUGAGGUUAUGGAAGAAGAGGAGGAGGAAGAGGAAGAAGAGACAGAAGAGAGAGAUUUUGAAAAAGUGGAUCCUUCAGUAAAGAUAAAUGGCAUUGACUCAUCCCAGGAAAUGAAGACACAAUCUGAAAUGAGUUCCGAGGCAUUGCCCGGAGAGGUAAUUGAUGAAGAACAGUCUGCAGAAAUGCCCAAGGAGGAGGCCGGUGAAGUAUUUAUGAAUGGUGACGAGCAGACUGUUGAGCAGAAAACUGGAGGAUCUUUAUAUUUGGUGCCACCAAAGGAUUCCAGUUCUUCAGCAAAAGAAACGGUUAUCCAGACCUCAGAAAUAGUGCAUGUUAAUGAAGCGGAUCAUACAACUGGAUUUGUUCCAAAUCUUAAUGGGAAAUCUAGCGCAUGGACUUUUGAGGAGAUUAUUGAUCUUGGAGUUCAUGCCAAGUCAACCAAAUUGAGCUCAGACGGCUUUGCUUCUGAUAGCUCUGAUCAAAACUUGAAUGAUGCUGCUACAUUCCCACCGAAUCCCAAGGUGGCUUUUGAGGAAGAUGGAGCAGUAAAUACCCUGACCAAACCAAUAGAGACUCCAUCAGAACUGUGAACACUACAGCCCUGGAAGUAAUCUGAUUGCACUUCAGUUAUCCAGUGUUUGGUGAUGUCCCGAAAGCCUUGUUUCAAAAAGCUGCUUGUUUCCUUUACUCAACUUCAACUUACAAAGAAAACCACCAGGGAAGAGAUUAUAAAACUCCUAAACUUGCACCUUGAAAUUUUUCAGGGAAAUUUCCUUGCUUUUGUUACUUCUUGUGUUGGGCAGUUUGACAAGGUUUCUUGGUUGUCGCUUUCAUUUUCUGUAAUAAAAGUCUCUUGUUUUUCUCUCAUUACUUUAUUUUCUAUUAGUGUAUGUACAGUGGUGUGUAUGAGCACUAUUUACCACCCAACUACUGGCAGAUAUUUUUGCACAUUUCUAAACUCUUGGUGAGGAAGAAAACCUUUCAGUUCUCACUAAGAUACUGUUUAUACUGCGUUACUAUUAAAAGUUCAAAAUUACAAUCCUGUAAAAAAUAACAAGAUGGUUCUCUUCAAUGACCCGGUGAGGGUUUUGUUGCAUCAUUUCUAUAAUAGGAAAAUUUUGGAUUUUUAAAUGCAAUAAAUUGUAUUUAUCAUAAUUUAUACAAUUUUACUAUCAAGUGGACAUCUUAAGUUUACAAUCUAUGCCAGUCUACAUGCACUAAUAUCUUGAAAAUGAGAGAACGGUGUUUGUCUUAGAAGUAUAUUUGUCAUGCUUGUUUUCUUUUGAAUUGCAUAUUUAUGUUUAUCUGCACAAACAUGUAAGUAUUUUUAUUGUGUACAUAAAACAGUAUUAGAUCAUUGUCUUGUGGGUUUUGUUAUUAUCCUGAAUGUUCUUUGUGCUAGUCCUUUGCUCCGUAGGGUAUAUUCCCUUACCUAUUAAAGGCUACAGAAAGUGCUAUUUAACCAGAUCUUCUCCAGCAUGAUGAGAUGAAAAGAAUAGCUUUCUUUCACCAGACUGUUUGGAAGUUCAGCUGCAGUCUUCUUCUUCAACCUGCUAACCUAUCCCAGAUAAGAGAUUUCGUCAAACCAUUGGCUAACUCUAAUUCAAAUCACUCCCCCUACUUCCUAGUGAUUUUCGGUGUUUAAUUACGAAUAGUUUUGGCAGAACUAAUUGUCUUGACAUCAGUCUCCAAACAGGAAGGCUUCGUCAUGGUUUCUCAGACGGUUGCUAUUCAGAGUACAGUAUAAUUGUUUUAGAUUAGAGCAGUGCCUUAGGGUUAAAAAGAUGUAUUUUUGUAUAAUAGUUCUUUCUGGCAGAGACAAUCAUUCUAACAAGAUGCUGAUAUUUUUUUCUUUGCAAAUGUUAUCUGUUGAAUGCUGUUUCAGCUGUAUAUAAGUGUGCACUGUUAAAUAAACUUUACAGAUGAAAAGUUUAUUUUUGUUAAUAGUCAUGUAAAGACAGCAUACUUUAGUAAAGAUACGAAUAACCCAUUCACCUAGAUUCAAUAAAUUCUG